CGGCCGAGGCAGGCAGGGAAGGAGAGAGGCCUCGCGCGGUUGACUGGCUCCUCGCGCCCCGGAGGAAGGAGGAGGAGGAGGAGGAGGAAGACCGAGGGACCCUUCAGCGCCUCUCCCUCGCCGCCCAUCGCCCGCCCGCCCUCCCUCCCUCCGCUCCCGAGGGACUGAGGCGAACAAGGAAGCAAGGAAGUCUGUUUUGUUUCGUAGUAAAGCGACCGAGACGCGGCACAGAGAGCCAGGGAGCCAUGAAGACGGAGAUCUCCACGGCGGCGGGCUUCAUCACCCGCCUCCUCCGCAGCCCCGGCGGCAUCGGCGACGAGGAGCUCCGCUGCUUCGGCGAGUCCCUCCAGGAGGCGCUCCGAGACCACUACAAGCACCACUGGUUCCCGCUGAUGCCCUCCAAAGGCUCCGGCUACCGCUGCAUCCGGAUCAACCACAAGAUGGACCCCUUGAUAGGGAAGGCAGCGGGCAUGAUCGGACUCAGCCACGAGAGGCUCUUCCAGCUCCUGCCCAGCGAACUGACGCUCUGGGUGGACCCCUUUGAGGUGUCCUACCGCAUCGGGGAGGACGGCUCCAUCUGUGUCCUCUACGAAGGAGGGCCCCAGUCCGCAGGGAAGAGCGCCAAGGCCCUGGAGAGCAACAGCACCACCAGCACCAGCUGCAAAGAGGAAUGGCGAAUGGGGCGAGCCAGCCCUUCCAAGAACUACAACAUGAUGACCGUCUCCAGCUAAGAAGAAGAAGAACCAGAAGAAGAACACCACGGAACAGCCCCUGUACAAUGAUGUAUGUAUGUAUCCCGCUUUGAUAAUGAAGUUAGAUGAUGUAAUGAUAUGUCGAUUUUCACCCCCAACCUCCCUCAUAGUCAUUAAAGUUGUAGUAGUACUGCCAAAUCCUUUUUGUUUUGUGGCCAAGGGCUAUAUUGUAUAAAAGAAGACAAACAAACAAACAAAAGUUCUUUAACUGCGUACUUUUUCUUUUCCUGGAUUGUAUACUGUAAAUGAAAUUGUACAGUCGAGAUGAUUGUUUUACAGAUUUAUAUUUUGGAAAAAGAAUCCUUGGCGAUUUGUAAUAAAAGUAUAUGUAUAUAUCUA